AUGCAGGUGUCAGUGUUCCCGGCAAAGGCACAACUUCUUGCCGAGGGCGAGGUUGCCGUCACGGGAGCCGAGCUUCCGUUACGGGAAAGUCGGUCGCACUCGUGCGGGUCGGGAAGUCACAUCGUUACGACGACUAAUGUUUGCGUGUGCCCUACUGGCUCACCUUGCCAUGAUCAGCCUCGUCGUGUUCACUACCCACGGCGCAAUUACUUGACAUUAUCCAUUCACCACAACAUGCGCAACCAUCCGGGGAGAGACACGAAUGCUUCGUCUCAGGUGACGACUCCGCCUUCCACGCCGCCGUCUCCCACGCCCAUGACUGAUACCGCAGUCGAAGAUGGCUGGCUGAAGGUGUGCAAACCACCUCAACAAACGGCCAGAGCGCCCAAGCAGAACAUGUCGCUCCACAUCACCUACAAGCAAGUCACCAGAGCGCUCUCGGCCCUACGGGACCUCGGCCACAAUAGCGAGUCCGGUGCGCAAUGGGCUCCCGACAGCCGCGACGUUGAGUGCGAGAUCCGAUGCACACCAGCCCAAGAGCAGGUGCUGCGGCGCGACUCGGAAGCUGCGAAACGGGCCGUCAACAUGCGUCUGGACCUAUCGGCCGACAUCGUCAAGAGCCACGACCAAGUCUGCGAGGCGUGGCAUGCUCUGGCCCGGCAGCACCAUGCGCUGCGGACAGCCAUCAUCACGGACGAGACGGUCAACGGCUUCGUUCUCUGCGUCUUCAAGCGGCCCAGAAAUGCGCGGUGCGGCUUCGAUGCUGACUUGGAGCACAUCCACACCUCGGACUUUGAGGGGCCGGCGCUGCUCAUCGUCGAAGGGACCAGUGUAGCUCCCCGAGUAACGCUCUGUGUGCCGCAACUGGUCGUCGAUAGCACCUCACUCGGACACAUAUGGAGGGACUUUGUGGUGCUUUUGUCGGGCGGGAUCCCAGCCCCGAGGCUGCCCCUUCCGCAGUACCUGAGCCGCAUUACCAACAAGACGGGAAGCCGCGAGUCGGCAACCAAGUUCUGGGCCACCACGCUCGGCUCGCUUCCCGACCUCGCGCUCCACUCGUUUCCGUUAGAGCGACACGGCACCUUCCAGACCACGGGGUCGGACACCUCGGUUGCCAUCAGCGGGUCGUCGCUCAGGCGGUGCGCGAAACAGCUAGGCGUGUCGGAGCAUGCCGUCGUGUAUGCCGCCGUGGGUCUGGUGCUGGACCGGCAUUGCAACUUGGGAAGCGAGGUGCACGAUAUCGCCUUCGUGGCCGAGGGACGGGACAAGACCAUCGAGGGCCACCACUCGGCCAUUGGCUAUGUCGACCACGAGUACCCCCUGAAGUUCCAGAUGAUGCCCGAGCUCACGGCAGCCUCGGCGAUCAAGGAAGCCGACCGUCUCAACACGAUGUCGGCCUCACAUGCCUUCCACACUAGCCGAGAGCUCUUGGACGCCAUCUCGGCAAGCCAAUUCAAGGUUUCGAUCUGUCUAGGAGACGACGACGGUAUUAUGGCAGCCGGGUCUGACACCACGCACCAGCACCCAGUGACGAUCAAGGUGCACAUCAGCCACGCGGUGUCCAUUACGGCGCAGCACGACACGGCCAUCCCGGCGGCCAAGAUCAAAGUUGUGCUCGAUCAUGUUACGAUGGCGCUCUCCGAGAUGGUCAAGCACCCCAAUUUCCUGCUGAGCGAGAUCGACAUCAUUGCGCCGGAGGAGCUCGACCUGAUGCUGGAGAUGGGCAAGCCCCUGACCCGUCCCGUGCGCGACAACGUGCACAAGCUCUUUGAGCGCCAAGUCCUCCUGACACCGGAUGCUCCCGCGCUGCAGUUUGAGGGAGGCCGCCCCUUGUCGUACGGCGAGCUGAACCGCAUCGCCAACCGCGUUGCGCGGCAGCUGCCCGUGGGCCGCGGCUCCUUUGUGCCCGUGUGUCUGCAGAGGUCGCCGGAGCUCAUCAUCUCCCUCGUCGCCAUUCUCAAGACCGGAGCGGCCUAUGUGACGAUGGAUCCCGACACGCCGCAGGAGCGAAACGACUUCAUCGUGCAAGACGUCGGCGCCCAGCUUGUGAUUGUCGACGACACCACGGCCGGCCGGUUCUCCGUCCGGGAGGUGGUCAUCGGGCAGCUCAUGGCCGAGUGCGUCCGGGCCAAUGUCGACGACAGCAACCUCGACCGCGACUGUGACCCCAGCGACCCGGUCUAUGUGAUCUACACGUCGGGGUCGACGGGGAAGCCCAAGGGCGUGCUGCAUGUCCACUCCUCGGCAACGUCCGGCCUUGCCGCCUUCCCGACGCUGCCUGCUCUCCGUCAACUCCUGUUCCACAACCCGGUCUUCUCGGCGGCGCAGCGGUCCGUGUGGUCAACACUAAAGCAGGGUGGCUGCCUGUGCCUGGCCAGCAAGGAGAACCUGACGGUGCACAUCGGACGCACCAUCAACCAGAUGCAGAUCAACGUCAUCGACGUCACGCCCUCGACGGCGCUGCUCCUCACGCCGGGCACCGUCCCGUGCCUCAAGCGCAUGACGGUGGCCGGCGAGCUGAUUAACCCGGCGCUGAUCCCGACCUGGGUCAACGAGCUGGAGCUGCUCAACGCCUACGGGCUGAGCGAAAACACGCAGGUCAACUGGCGGCGCGAGAUGGUGCUGGGCCAGAACCCGCAGAACAUCGGCCGCCCGAGCGACACGACCAGCUCGUUUGUGCUGGUCCCCGGCACCACGCGGCUCAGCCCGCUGCUCGUGCCCGGCGAGCUCUGCCUCGGCGGCGACCAGCUGGCGCUUGGCUACAUCAACCGCCCGGAGAAGACGGCCGAGGCGUUCAUCGACAACCCGUUCGGGCCCGGCCGCCUGUAUCGCACGGGCGACAUGGUGGUGGCGCACGAGGACGGGUCGAUCGAGAUGGUCGGCCGGAUCGACUUCCAGGUCAAGAUCAACGGCCAGCGGGUCGAGCCGGGCGAUUCCAACACCAUCCUGCAGACCCACCCGGACGUCCUCAACUGCAGCGUCGUCGCCGCCGACCUGCAUGACGGACGCAAGGCGCUCGUGGCCGUCAUUGUGGCCAAGACGGGCAGUGCUAGUGCGACCCGGGACUGGUGGCCGAGGCUGCGGAGCGAGCUCAAGGAUCUCCUGGCGCGGCAGAUCCCCAGCUACAUGAUGCCCACCUACUGGCUCCCGCAGGACGACCUGCCCCUGAACGUGAACGGCAAGGUCGACAUCCCGCGGCUCACGCAGCAUGUGCAGCGGAUUGGGAGGGAGGCGCUCUUGCGUUCCUCGACCGAGAAUUACCACGGCGUCGAAAACGGGGUCGUCGUCUCGCGGGAGCAGGAGGAGGCCAUGACUCGCCUCCUCGCGGCGCCUGCACGAAGACUGUGUGACAUCCUAGCCGCCAUCCUGAAGUUGACUGCCUCACGCAUAGUUAGCGCCAGCAACAGCACAUUCCAGGAGCUCGGGGGUUCGUCUCUAGACGCCAUCCAUGCCUCAACCGCAGCCUAUCGAGACGGGCUGGAAGUCUCCGUCGCCGACAUUCUCCGGCUCCCCCUCGGUACCCUGCUUGAUAGCGUAAAGCAGUCACAUGCAAAACCCCGUUCGGAGGCCGCACCGUUCUCGCUGCUACCAGCCAAUGCCGCCAGCCUGCUACGCGCGACGGACGACGCCGAGGAUGCCUAUCCCACCACUUCACUGCAAGACACGUUCCUGGCCGACUCCCUGCACGGAGGAUCAACCUACAUCUACCGCCGAUACUACCGCCUGCAGCAGGGCAUCUCACCCCAGCGAGUCCGAGCGGCGCUGGAGAGUCUCGCUUCGCAUCUUCCCCUGCUGCGGACGACCUUUGUCCGGCACAAGACAUCCUUCGUCCAAGUGGUGAAGAAGACGGCGCCCCCUCUAACCUGGCAAGACCUGCCACACACGACAAGCCAUGCCUUCUCUGCCCUGAAAAAGCCGUCGAUGCCGCUGGCAGGCAACUUUGUGCACUUUGCAAUGCUGCAGGACAACAGCAUACUGGCCGUCACCAUGCAUCACGCGCUGUUCGACGGCUGGUCCAGCGGCUUCCUCGUCGACGACCUGUCGGUCGUGCUCCGCGGGGAUGUUCCCCUCUCGCGGCCGCGCUACGCCGACUUUGUCCAGUACACGCGGAGGCUACAGCAAGAGGAGAAGGCCCAGCUCAGCCAGUUCUGGCGCGACAAGCUCGAUGGCGCCCCGCCCACGGUGCUGGGCCAGGAUGACGACGGAGGAGAAGAAAAGGAGGAAGCAGAAGAGGUUGCCGUCGAUACCGUCCUCGAUGGGGAUAUCCAGGCCACGGCUGCGUCGCGCAACAUCUCGCUCGGCCCGCUCAUCUACGCCGCGUGGGCCGUGGUGCUCUCCCGCCGGGCCAGACAGGAGGACGUGGUGUUUGGGGCCACGCUGUCCGGGCGCGACGUGCCCGUGCAGGGCAUCCUCGACAUGGCCGGGCCAACUAUCGCUACGGUCCCGUUGCGGGUCCGGCUGGGCGAAGAGAUGUCCCUGCUGGACUUGACGAGAGCGAUCCAGGACGAUGUGUGGGAUAUCGCGCCAAAGGCCCAGUUCGGCUUGCGCAACAUCACCAGGGAGGCCAAGCUAAGGCCAGGGCACUACGACACACUGGUGAACGUGCUCAUCAAGGACAGGGACGCCGAGGAAGCCGGGCCAGGGACAGGAGAUACCCUCCUGGUACCCUGCGAGCCCCACGAACCGCGCUACGUGGACGGCUACACCAUGCUAGAAGCCGAGACCGCGUCCGGAGGCCGGCUGAGGCUCCGUCUCCUCUCCCGCCUGCCCCAUGCCAAAGCCACCCUGCUGCUCAGCAGCGUGGCCGAGACGGUGAAAGCCUUCCUGGAUCGUCCCGACAUGCACAUUGGUGAUCUCGCCGCCACCUCGGAAGCAGAGCUCGCAUUCCUGGACUCGCUGUCCACGGUGCGGCCCACCGAGCCCGGCCUGACCGCCGUCACGCUCGUCGACAGGAUGAGUGCGCGGUACCCCGACAAGACGGCGCUCCAGGAGCUGUCCAUGUCCGGUUCGGGAGGCAAGAGGACGCUGUCGUACAGGCAGUUCGGCGACGGCGUCGCUCGUCUGGCGCGCUGCCUCGUCUCCAAGGGCGUCAAGAGGGGCGACAUCGUGCCCAUCUGCAUGCGCAAGUCCAUCGCCACGCUUACAGCCGUCUUUGGCGUGCUCAAGGCCGGCGCCGCCUUUACGCCGCUCGACCCUAAGAACCCGCGGGAGCGGAACAGCUUCAUCGUGCGUGAUGUGGGUGCCACCCUCGCCAUUACGGAUAACGCCAACGCCGACGUGUUUGACUCGUUUGCUGGCACGGUAGUGAACCUCGACACGCUCGACACCAGCGGAAGCACAGCAGAGCUGCCCCGCUGGCCGUCGGUGGACGACCUCGCCUAUGUCAUCUACACGAGUGGUUCGACGGGGCUGCCCAAGGGCGUGCAGGUGCAUCACAGCGCCGUGGGGGCCUCGACUGAGGGCAUGAUCGAGGCGUGCGGCGUCAACGACACCUGGCACGUCCUCUGGUUCCUCAACUACGUCUUCGACGCGUCCUACUUCGACGUCUUCACCGUGCUCGGCUCGGGCGGCACCAUCUCGAUGGCCGACCAGGAUACGCUGAUGACCGAUCUCGCGGGCUGCGUCAACGCCUUCGGGGUCACGCAGCUGAUGAUCACGCCCACCAUCGCCAAGCUGAUCUCGCCGGAGCAGGUGCCCUCGCUGAAGGCCCUGCUGGUCUGUGGCGAGCCCAUCAUGCCGGAGACGGCCAGUGUGUGGGCGACGCGCAUGGACGUGUACAACGGAUACGGGCCCACCGAAGCCACGAUCCUCAUGACCGUGUCCAAGGUUGUGCCCAACGGCAACAUCAAAAGCAUCGGCUACCCGUUGAAGGCUGUCAAGGCGUCCAUUCUGCAACCGGACUCGCUGGUUCCCGUUCCCUACGGCGCCGUGGGUGAACUGUGCGUCAGCGGUGCCCAGGUAGCCCUCGGCUAUGUGAACCGUCCCGACAUCACGGCCAAGGCCUUUCUGAAGACAGCCGACGGCUCGGUCCUCUACCGCACCGGGGACUACGCCCGCUGGCUCCCGACCGGGGAGAUUGAGUGUCUGGGUCGUCGCGACAGCCAGGUCAAGCUGAACGGCUUCCGCAUCGAGCUCGGCGAAAUUGAGAACACCAUCCUGACCCAGGCGGCCGAUGUCGUGCAGUCCUGCGUGGUCGGUACGGCCCAGGUCCAGGGCAAGAAGCAGAUUGUGGUCUACUACGUGCCCGUCGACAAGCCCGACAGCGAGCCAGAGAGCAGCCACGGCAUGUACGCGGCCGCUGUCGUCGAUCCCGCUGUGAUCCUUGACCGGCUCAAGUCCCUGGCUCACUACAUGAUGCCCAAGGUGUUAUUGCCCUUCCAAAAGUUCCCGCUUCUCCCGUCGGGCAAGGUGGACCGCAAGCAGCUGGCCAAGCUCGCCGAAGGACUGGAUCCCAAGACGCUGGCGGGCUACUCGACGACGACGGGGCCGACGACAGACAACGGGCAGCUCGUCCACGAUUCAGAGUUGACCAACGACGAGAGGACGCUCCGGAAUGCCUGGGCCGAGCUGUUUGAUGUGCCCGCCGAGAGCAUCGACCCCGACGCGCUUUUCUACGCCUACGGCGGCGACUCGAUCGCGGCCAUCAACCUCUCCAGCAUGCUGCGCCAGCUGAACCUGUCUCUGUCGGUCAACGACAUCGUCGCACACCCGUCUCUCCGGGAACAGGCCCAGCACAUCAAGCCGGCCAAGACGGCAUCGGCAUCCGUCCAGACGCUCCACUUCGAGGUGAGCCAGGUGGUUUGGGACAGGCUGCGGGCGGCUGGCCUGUCCGACGACGACAUCGAGGACAUCUACCCCUGCGGACCGGGCCAGGUCGAGUUCCUCACGCAGGGACACAGUCCAGACCAGUUCUGGAUGCUGAUGACGGUGCGACCGCUGCCCGCAGGCUUCGACCUCGACCGCUGGAUCGACCUCACGCGCGAGCUCACCCGGGCCAACCAGAUCCUGCGCGCCAUGUACAUGAAGCAGGACGACGCGGACCCCCUCAGCUGGGUGCAGAUCAUCCUCAAGGAGCCCGUCGUGGACCUGGCGGUGAUCGAUUGCCACCACGCCGACGCCGAGGCAAAGAACAGGCUGAUCGCCGCGCACUGGGAGCAGCGCUUCGCCAUCGGCCGGCCCUUCGUCCGCUACCUGGUGCUCCGGUACGCCGACGGGGCCAUGGACCUCGUCACCAAGCUCGACCACGCCAUGUACGACGGCACGUUGCUGCGCAUCUUCGACGACCAGUUCUCCGCCCUGCGCGACGGCCGCCCCUUUCCCGUAUCGCCCACCCCGUUCAAGGCCUUUGUCGAGCACACCAACCAGCCGCACCUCCGCGCGCCCAUGCUCGCCUUCUGGAAGUCCACGCUCGCGGGCAACCGCUUCUCCUUCCCGGCGCACAUCGCCGACCCCAAGGUCAGCGCCGUCGCCGUGGCCAGGACCAGUCUCCCCGUCAACGCAUUCGCGCAGUCCGCGGGCGUGACGGCCAGCAUCGUCUUCCAGGCGGCCUACACGCUCCUGUUAGCUAGACUAAGCAAUUCCCCGGACGACGUGACCUACGACUACCUGCUGACGGGCCGCAACGUGGACCUGGACGAGCCGCAGCUGAUCCCGGGCACGUGCGCCAACUUCCUGCCCUUCCGCGCGCGCAUCGCCGCCAACAACAGUUCCAUAACAAGAACAACCAUCCAAACCCUCCUCCGCGACACGCAGGCCGGCUUCUGGGCCAUGACCGAGAACGGGUCCGUCUCGCUGGGCGACAUCUACCACGACGACGACCGGAGGGUCGCCCACGCGGCCAAGACGCUCUUCCUGUUCCAGCCGUUCGAGCCCGCGCCCGCCGAACAGGACCACAUGCGCUGGAUCGUCAUGGCCAUGAGCAAGGUCACCAUGUAUGUCAACUACGCCAUCAUGUUCGAGGUGUUCAAGGAUGUCGACGGCGGGCACAAGCUCAAGAUGGGGUACGAUACGAGGUUGUUCGGGACCAAGGAGGAGGCCGAGGGGUUGUUGCAGUCGUACCUGGGGAUUGUGAGGGCUAUUGUCGAGGGACGGGUGACGAAUGUGGACGAGCUGUUGGCUUGAGCGAUGGUAUGGAUGGAGCUGUUUGCAAGUUGGGCGCUUUCUUCUUUGGCUGGAUCUUGCUUGUCUCCAUGUAGAUUUGGUAGUUUCACGAUUUGGUUUGUAGAUGCUGUGUGCCUUGUUCUGCUCGAAGUCGGUUGUUUUGCAGUGCUCAAGUUCCGAGGAUGCCCGAGCCGAGGGUCGGCUUCGUGUUUGGACUUCAAGUUAGGUCCUUCAUGAAACCUUCUCCGCACCCCUGGUGCAUGGAAUUUUGCUUU